AUGGACGACCGACGGUGUGAUUCACUGAUGGUGCUUAUGGGGAAUUUGAAGCUGAUGAAGUUUCGCCCAACUUACAUUCUUUUGGAAAAUGUUGUUGGAUUUGAGACGUCUUCGGUGCACGACGCAAUUAUUUUAUGGGUUUCUACUCAGGAGUGCAUACUUUCGCCGCUCCAGUUUGGCAUCCCCAAUUCGCGUCCGCGAUAUUACCUCAUGGCUUCCACCCACUUCCCCGUCGUAGGGCUCGCUGAGGAUAUCGCCGAUCAAUUUCGGCCAAAUAGCUCUUCGGAACUAAAAGAGAUUAGUGAAUUUCUAUGUGAACCGUCUCAUACCUCUUCACUCUAUUUGGAUGAAAAUGUGCUGCAAAAGUAUGGAUGUGCUAUAGAUGUGAUCUUGCCAAGCUCCACAAGAUCGGCUUGCUUUACGAAGUCCUAUGGUAGUUAUAUAUCUGGGUGCGGCUCAUAUAUUUGCUACAGACCUGAUUUGGUAGUUAACAACCAUUUAAACCAGUCAACUUUGGACGAUGCACAAAGCUUGAGAGAUGUUGUGCGGCGACUUUCUCCAAGAGAAGUGGCAAAUCUAAUGUGUUUUCCUAAAACUUUUGAAAUUCCUCCAGAAUUAUCC